GAAAAAUAGAAUAAGUGACUAAUUAUAUCAUCUUAAUUAAAAAGGUGAAUAUUUAGAGACCGGAAUUGAGGAAGAGAAUUAGGAGCGUCAGGACUUAAAGUAAGUUUCUCUGCCAAUCCAAAAUUGUUUCCUCGUAUUAUAUGCUUAUUAUGCAUUAUUAUGUGAUUAAGUGUGAUUUUUGAAUUGUGUGUAUGUGAUUUUGAGGAAUACAAAUUAAAAGUACUUUUUUGGGGUAUUAAAUAUUUUUAAAUACCUUUGAGACUAUUUAGAGAGAUUGAGAAAUAUUUUUGGAAGUAAAUCUUGAUUCAAGAUAAAAUUAAGGAUUUUAUAAGAGGUGAGCGCCCGGGAGAAAUCCGUGGUGUCGGUUUUUCCACAUCCGGAUAAAUGUGGAGGGUGGUUAGAGCUAUAUACCGCGGGUUUAGUUUAGGAUGAUUAUUGGUGGCGGGAGAAAUCCCGGUAAAUAUUGGUGGCGGGAGAUUCCCGGUAUUUCUUUUGAGAACUUUAAAAGUUCUUUGGUGGCCGCGGUAGUAGUUUCUAAUCACCCGGGUAUCUAACCCAUUGUGAAGUAGGGGGACGUUGUCCGAACUACUUGGACUUCUUACUACUCAGAGGGCUUGGAAUCCCUUUUAGGGGGUGUGCACACUUAAGGGUGAAGUUCAGUUUCCAAUUGGUGGUCGGUGGGAGCCGGAAUUCCGGGAUGAGUCGUACACAACAACGAUUCAUUGGGCUCGAGGAAUCUUGAGUUUCGCCCAUCUUAAAAGAAUUUGAAAGUGACAUUGAUUUCGGAAUGGUGAUAUUUUUAGCUACAAAAGUUAUUUUUGAAAAGUGACACUUCUUUUGAGAUAUUAAUUAAUUGUUGGGAGCUUAUAAAUAUUAUUUUUAAUUAUAAGGGUAUUUGAGAUUAUAAAGUUGAUAAAUGAUAUUUUUGAUUAAAAAGUAUUUCGGUGGUGUGAGUAUUUUUAUAUAGUAUUAUAUGAAAAACUAUUUUCGCCGAACCUGAUUAUUUUACGGGGUUGGGUAGUACUUACUUAGCUCUAAAGCUAAUUUUUGUUUCCUUUUCUUUGUUUCGUUUUCUGCACUUUAUUUGUGCAGGUAAUGAUGAAUAUGAAGCUCAUGAUGUUUGACGAGCCUUGAGAACGCUUUAGAAGAUUUAAGUGUAGUCUUCACUUAGUUUAAAUAAUGUUGUUAAAUUUUGAAUUUAAGUUUUUAAUUCGGUUGAACUCAUGGUGGAUAGCCUUAACAUCCAGCCAAGUUGAGGGCUGGGUGUGGCGGUAACACACCCUUUUUCCAUUAUUGUUAUUUCCGCUGCAAAACUCUAUCUAUUUUUAAUGAAUAAAUCAAGGUUGUUAUCAAUAUAUUAUUAUUUCAAGUAUUAUUUUGGGCGGGGAAAAUGGGGGUGUUACAAGUGUGGAUAUGCAUUGGAAAUUUUAAUUGAAGCAAAGGACUAUUGGAGCAAGAACAGAACAAGACAGUUCCCUGGGCCUCUAUUGUUUCUGAUUAUGUUCUAUGUUGACAAUGUUAUGUUCAAAGGAAGAAAAGUGCAAAGAGGAUUGUCAUCUAUCAUUGGAUGGACAACACAAAAAUUGAACAAAAGAGAGAAGGAAGAAAUUGAAAGUGGAGGGUUUGGAUUUGGAUAUGUGGAUGAAGCUAACAUAGGGGAACUUACAAUUCCAAAUGUGAGAAGAAAUGAAGAAGAAGUUGAAAGGGCAAGUGAGGGAGACAUCAAUUAGAAUCCAAAGAAGGAUGCAAUGAAGGAAUUUGCUUCAGCGGCAAAACAUUUGGCUGAAAGCAUCUCAAAUUUUGAUGAGAAAUUUCAACAGGCUGCACAGGCUUUGCCUGAUGAUGAAACCAUGAAAGUGUUGCUUGGAAAAGUUCAUGGGCUAUUCAACAUCUAUUCCAC